CAGCUCGUCUCCCUCAGACCGACAGACGGAGGGAGAGAGAAGAGGAGAGAGGAGGAGAGACUCUACAGAGACUCGGAGCAGAGGAGAGCAGAUUCAGGAUUCAGGGCUGCAGCGUCUCCAGAGCUCACAUGAAGCAGCGAAGGGGAGACAGCACUAACCCGUACAGAACCAUCGGUAACCUCGUCGUGGACACGUUUAAAUACGCACUUUAAAUAUCCGGAUAGAACUCAACACCAGAGACCGGAUGUGGUUUUCACAGCGACUUCAGGAAGGAAACUGGAAGGAGUGAACCCGACCGGAGACAAACAAAGUGUGAAAUGCUUUUGAAGAAGUGGAAAUGUAAAAUCAGCCGUGACUCACAGCUGAUAGCGGAGCGCUCAUCUAGUGAGCAUGAAGCUGAGUGUUUUCACAUCAGGGACACCAAACGGAUCCACAUCGCACCGAAAUGAAGGAACUCUCCUCCGGUGACAUUUCCUCCGUCUGAACAUCUGACAGGAUUAUCAUUUCCUCACAUUUCUCUGUGACUGUCUGUGCAGUACAGUCUGGGAGGUAAGGCUGCAUGGGAACCUCGUUCUGACAUGAUCAGAAACUGAACCAACAGUGAUCGUAAAUGAACUGGUGGACCGGCUGUUAUCUGCUCAGUGACUUGCUGCUGGUCCCAGGACCUCAUAUUGGGAACUGUUGCUCUUCUCUGCUGUCCCUCCAGUGAUGUAAUGGAGGCUAAUCUCACCUUGACUUAACCUUUUUGUUUGCUGAACUUUGCUUAACUAACGUUUGAGGCUCAAUGACCGAUGUAUCCUGUGAGAGAAGAUGCCAAACAAGGAAGACAAAGACACUGACGUUUCACUAAAAAACUGAUUUCUGAUUUAUGUAAAACCGUUGGAUAUUUGUCUCACGAUGCUCAGAGACUCUUAGUUGGUCCUCAAACAUGAAGAACGUGUCCAUCCCCGGCGGCGCACCGCCAGUCUGCAACGACUCUGUGGACUUCUACUCGCUGACGUCAGGGAACCGCACCGACCUGAACUGCACUCCUCCCUCGGAGUUCUACUUCUACGCCGACCUCUACGUCAUCCUACCGGUCAUCUACUCUGUAAUCUGCGCGGUGGGACUGACGGGCAACACGGCCGUCAUCUACGUGAUCCUCAAAGCCCCCAAGAUGAAAACGGUCACCAACAUGUUCAUCCUGAACUUGGCCAUCGCCGAUGAUUUGUUCACUUUGGUUUUGCCGAUUAACAUAGCCGAACACUUGCUGCACUACUGGCCUUUUGGUGAGGUCUUGUGCAAAGUCAUCCUCAGCAUAGACCACUACAACAUCUUCUCCAGUAUCUACUUCCUGACAGUUAUGAGCAUCGACCGCUACCUGGUCGUUUUGGCCACGGUGAGGUCCAAGCGCAUGCCUUACCGCACCUACCGAGCAGCCAAAAUCAUCUCGCUGUGCGUCUGGAUCCUCGUCAUCCUCAUCGUCAUGCCUUUCACUGUUUUCGCCGGUGUCUAUAUGAACCCAAACGAUGGCAGGAAGAGCUGCGUGCUCAGCUUCCCCAGCCCCGAGAGUCUGUGGUUCAAAGCCAGCCGGAUCUACACGCUCAUCUUGGGCUUCGCCAUUCCGGUAUCCACCAUCUGUAUCUUGUACACCAUGAUGCUCUACAAGCUGAGGAACAUGCGGCUCAACAGCAACGCCAAGGCGCUGGACAAGGCCAAGAAGAAAGUCACAAUCAUGGUGUUCAUCGUCUUGGCCGUGUGCUUGUUCUGCUGGACGCCGUUCCACCUCAGCACCAUCGUGGCUCUGACGACGGACCUGAGGACCACCCCCCUCCUGAUCGGGAUCUCCUAUUUCAUAACCAGCCUGAGCUACGCCAACUCCUGCCUCAACCCGUUCCUCUACGCCUUCUUGGAUGACAGCUUCAGGAAAGCCUUCAAGAAGAUGUUGGAAUGUAGACCGGCCUGAGCGUACCGGAACACGUGAACGCUGUCGCAGAGGUCUACAGAGACUCACUGAGGGACGACAGACGUUCAAAUCGGACUUCUCGAUGUCUGUGAUGCAGAUUGUUUCGUUUGUUAAAGCUGCACUAGGCAACUUUGCAUAUUGUUUGCACAUGAUAGCAACAGGAAGCUAUCUUUCAUUUCUCUUUGCUAUAUAUAGAAACAAGUCCGUCUCCUUCACAGUUACCUUCUCAUACAACUAAACUGCAUUCUCCAUUACGUUUCCAGGGAAACGUAUUUCCUCCCGGAUUACAGUCACAGUUGAAAACACAUUAACGUUAACGUUGUAAACUGAAACUAAAAUCACAACAACAAGACGACUACUUAGUUAGAUUUAGUAAAAAACAUCCUGGUUUGGCUUAAGAUGACUCCGUUUCACACAAAGCGUGGUAAUAUAGGGGAACGUUGAAUAACGGUCGCUCACUACUCGUUGUGCUAGGUCGCUCGCUGCGGCCGUCUGCCAUCUUACAAACGUAUUUCUGAUACGUUACAAAACAAACGUAACCCGCGACAAAACACGUUUCCUUCCAAAGGUAAUUGAGAAUGCAGUUUAGUUGUGUGAGAACGAGGCUGAUAGAAAACACGUAACGUUCUGCCUGUAAAUGGCACAAAACAUUCCUCAGCGGAGACACUACAGGUGAGAAAUGAUCCCCAGUUCAUUACUUACUUUCAGACAAACGUCUUUUUGUAUUACAAGUUUUCAAAUGUUUUUGUUUAAAUAUGCUAAUGAGGCAUUAUGUAAUGCUAACUGUUGGUGAAUUUAAGAGCAAUCUACAGUCUCAAAUAAACAUGUGGAUGUUUUCUUUCCACUAGUCUGAAAGACGAGCCGUUAUGGAAGCAGAAUAGCAAAAUAGCGACUCUGUAAGUUGACCAGAGCAUGAAAAACAGGGCUUUUUGCCUGGAGUGUCUCUUAAUGUGACUGAACCAUCUAUAAAUGCUUCAAGUUAACACCAAAGUGGUGAGACGUCAGAACAUUUGAGUCCAGCUUCGUCUAUGGUUCAUCACUUCCUGUGGAGAUGGAGUCAGUCUGAAGCAUCUGAUGAAGGACGAGAUGGUUUUCUUUGUCACAGCUGGACUGGUUGUAUGUUUGUGCCUCGUGCAGCCGUAUGACUCUGAGAGCACCGUGAGAGAGAGACGGAGAAUACUGGAAGUUCAUAGAAUACUGUUUGCAAUAGGGAGUGAUGAUGGUUGACAUACAGGACAAUAAUGGUAUUAAUAAAACAACAGCUUGUUAUACUGUAGCUAUCAGCAGAAACAGCCGUCAUCGUUGUGUCUGAAGACUGCAGUUAAAACGUCCACCAUGGUAAAAAAAAAAAAAAAUCGAAUUAUGAGGCAGCGAGCGGAGACGGGUCAACGCAAACAGCUCUGACCUUCACUGGACUCCGUCUGAGUAUAGGACAGAGGAGCUCCUCCGAGGACAGAGGAGGUCCUCCCAGGACAGAGGAGGUCCUCCGAGGACAGAGGAGCUCCUCGGCCCCUUUAGAGGACCGGUAAUACAGUUCAACACAGUGCCAUCGAUCAGCAUGCUGUCAGUCAAACCAACGUCAUGAGAACAGUCGGGUUGGAGGGUAACAGGAUGUGUGUCGGGGGAUCACAGGAGGGGAGAGGGGGAAAACAAAUGUUCUGAAAUCAAAACUUAGAGGAUGACUUGAGAAAUGUUGCGUCAUCUUGUAUGCAAACACUUAACCUGCCUUUAAAAGACGCUGUGUGUGUUGAGCAACUAAAGAACCAAAUGAUUCAUGUUGUGGAUUCAUUUUAGAGGGUUUUCUUUGGGGGGAGGGGAGGGUAAGGUUACAGAGAUCCUUUUACAAACCUGAACAAUGAAAAAGGUUGCAGCAUGGAGUCUUUGAAUAACAGCAUUGUUUGGAUGAAGACGUUAUUAUUAUGAUUAUUAUUAUUAUGUUCCCAGAAUGUAUUCUGUCUGUACCACUGAAGACAUUCAGAUGAAACCUUACCAACCCUGACAGCAGUACUGUAGGCCUGAGAGGAGACAGGCAUGGGACAGGAGGGCUAUGUACAAUCUGAUCUGUGUUUCACUUUGUCUUCUUUUAUUGUGAGUGUUUGUCGCCACCUGCUGUCAUCAGGGAGGUGUUACCUGAACAUGCAGCCAGAGCCUGCAACAGAGUCUGUACAGAGACACGACCGAGAGGAGUUACACAGCUUCACGCAGCUUCACGCAGCGGGUGUCAGCGUUUCUGUGUGAAUAGCUUCUUCUGCUAUCUGACUUGCACCUCAUGCUGAAGUUAAUUCUGAGUUGUAUUUCUUUAAGAAUAUCUGCAAUCCGAUGAGAUUCACAUCAUACUGAGCACAUUGAGCAUCUCUCUCCAUCGAGUCACAGUUUGCUUUUCACAGUUAAAAUCAUGAAGACGUUGAAAACAGGAUAGUGUUGUGUGCACCGACGGAGAGACUUGUAGGUAGAAUAAAUAAAACAAUGUUCAAUGUAUUCUAUUAACAUUUGAAAUAGAGUAUGAUUGGAUAAGACAUACGGGACACCUACAUUUGCUUGCCUGCAGAGAUUUGUAGUACUUCAUGCAUUCUUAAUGAAACAAUGAUUUAAUAGUGAUGUGUUUGGAGCUUCCUCCAGGUGUUGAGAGUCACACAGAUCUUAAGAGAAGUGAAACACAGUUCUGGACAGGAACACAUUUAUUCUAGAUUUGACCGACUAGUCAGAUAUAAUCAGAUAACUUUAUUACUAUUACUAAUUACUAUAUAAUAACUAUGUUCCACUGUUGUUGCCUUCUGUGUGCCCACAGUGUCGAAAACUAAAAAGAAGACCCUGAAUGUGAACGGGGCUUUCACGAUAUCCACAAUGACGAUUCAAACUUGGAAACACUUCAUGUGGACGAAGCCGGUUUUCAACAUUUACUCAGCAGUAUAACGGCGAAAAUACAGCAGGCGGCGGCGAAGGGCGCCGAACAGCAAUAAUGCCACUUCCCUGCAGCCGCGAGGCGUGUUCAUGUUUUUAAGGCGGGUCGACAUUUCACAGGAGUCACAGGAUCAGUUCACUGAUUGGCUGUGGGACUUCUGCGGUCACCACAGAAUCAAACGGCCGCAGCUCGCUGACCUCAGAGCAGCCGCCGCAGUUUAUUGCGUGGCAGCGGGUCGCACUUCGCCGCUGCUCUGGUGUGUUUUCAGCAUAACAAACACGCUACAACCUGCUUUCCCCGCUAGCCGUGUAAACUCUGGAUUUCAACUUAAAUGUUUUUUAAAUAUAUUUUUCUGCUGGUUCCAGCAGCGCACUGAUUUACACUGAUACUUCACUGAUUGUAUGUGAUGCUCUUUUUUGUCAUUCUAUCAAACAUAAAUACUAGAUUUACAGAUAUGUCUCCAACAUGUCGCCUCCGCUAGUCUGAAAAGUUGUGAAGAAGUUUGUGAAGAAGGAUCAACAGAGUUUAUCCUGCAUUCAUCUUCUGUUGGAGGUUUCUGUCUGCAGUCUGGUAUGAGUUAACAGAAUAUUAAUAUAUAAUAUAUAGUAUAUAU